CUUUAAACCCUAGAGAUGGUUGUUUUUAGUGCAAUUUUAUUAAUAAAAAUGUGGUACUUAAUUUCAGACGAACAGUGAGUCCAUGCACACACUCUGUCUUUCUAAAGAGUUGUUGGCUUCAAAACAGUUGAAGAUCAUAUCUAUUAGAAGAACUCCAUUUAUAUGUUACUAUAUUUAGGGAUUGGUGCAGUACUGUUUUCUUCACUCUGAUGUGAAAUCCAAAUGUGCUUCCAGUCCAGAACUUUUAUUUAUUUGUUUGCUUAGUUAGUUAGUUAUUAUUACAAUGAUUAGCAAUGUAUUGUAUGCUCAUGACCGAAGAAGGCGUGUCUCAUUAAUAUUAAUCACUCGUGGGCUGGACACUUCAGGAGGCUUCAGUACGAACGUCAGAAUUCAUUAAUAUUCAUGAGUGAAGCUCUGCCGUACUAGGAUUCACAGCAUGUGUGUGCAUUGGGUGUCACUCUAAAAAGAGGUGAGGCUUUACACUUCCUCCUACAUUAUUCAUAAGUGCCUGGAGUGACAGGCAGAGCCCUGGCCGGCUUUUUAAUACCCUAAGUGACCGCGUGAGUGGAGUAUCAAGAGCACGAAGAUAGAAAGGCUUUUGGAACCCAACUCACAGGGAACUCUGGCAUAAGUGGAGCUCUUAAUACAACCAUGGAUGUGAGCAGCUCUCUGAAGAUGAGCUCUCUGACCACCCAGAGUCUCUUCAGCUAUGUGGAGGAGGAAAACCUUUCGGCCAUCAAAGCUCAUCUGGACAAGUACAGAGAGGUGGACACCAGAAGUGAAAGCGGCCAGACGGCUCUGAUGUUGGCCUCAGAGCAGGGCAGCCUAGAGAUCGUGCAGGAGCUCAUCCGAAGGGGAGCUAACGUCAACUUGGAUGAUAUUGAUUGCUGGACAGCUCUGAUUUCAGCUGCUAAAGAGGGACGCACUGAAGUGGUGAAAGAACUCCUGGAGAACAAUGCCAACGUGGAGCAUCGCGACAUGGGGGGCUGGAGCGCGCUCAUGUGGGCCGCUUAUAAGGGUUGUGUGGAGGUGGCACGUCUACUGCUGGAGAAGGGAGCAAACCCGAACAUCACCGGACAGUACAGUGUUUACCCCAUCAUAUGGGCAGCAGGAAGAGGCCAUGCAGAGAUCGUCCAGCUGCUGCUUCAGCAUGGAGCCAAAGUCAAUUGCUCUGACAAGUAUGGCACCACUCCCCUGAUCUGGGCAGGCAGGAAGGGCCAUCACGACUGUGUGAUGCAUCUGCUGGAAAACGGCGCCAAUGUGGACCAGGAGGGAGCGAACUCGAUGACUGCGCUCAUAGUGGCCGUGCGAGGUGGUUUCACUGAGGUGGUGAAGGAGCUGCUUCAGAGAAACCCUAACAUGAAUAUGACUGAUAAAGACGGCAACACUGCGCUGAUGAUCGCCGCUAUAGAGGGCUACACUGAGAUUGUCCAGGACCUGCUGGACGCGGGAACCUAUGUCAACAUCCCUGACCGGAGUGGUGAUACUGUGCUUAUCGGAGCCGUCAGAGGAGGUCAUGUGGAGAUCGUCCGAGCUUUGCUCAAUAAAUAUGCUGAUAUCGAUGUCAAAGGCCAGGACGGUAAGACUGCCCUGUACUGGGCUGUGGAGAAAAGUAACACAACUAUGGUUCGAGACAUUCUGCAGUGCAGCCCUGACACUGAAGCCUACACUAAGGAUGGAGAGACGCCCCUCAUUAAAGCCACCAAGAUGAGAAACAUGGAAAUUGUGGAGCUUCUUUUAGACAAAGGGGCCAAAGUGUCAGCAGUGGACAAGAAAGGUGAUACAGCUCUGCAUAUUGCCAUUCGAGGGAGAAGCCGUAAACUCGCCGAGCUGCUCUUGAGGAACCCUAAAGAUGGCCGUCUGCUCUACCGGCCCAACAAAGAGGGAGAGACGCCCUACAACAUCGACUGCACUCACCAGAAGAGCAUCCUCACCCAGAUAUUUGGAGCCAAGCACCUGUCUCCUUCUGAGUGUGACGGGGACAUGCUGGGUUAUGACCUGUACAGCAGCGCUCUGGCGGACAUCCUGAGUGAGCCCACCAUGCAGCCGCCCAUCUGUGUGGGGCUUUACGCCCAGUGGGGCAGCGGCAAGUCCUUCCUGCUCAAGAAACUGGAGGAUGAGAUGAAGACGUUCGCCGGGCAGCAGGUGGAGCCGUUGUUCCAGUUCUCGUGGUUGGUGGUGGUUUUGACUCUGCUGCUGUGUGGAUCUAUGGCUUUGGUCCUCGGCUUUGCUGUUGACCCAAAGCUUGCCAUCGCUGUGGCCCUCAGCCUGCUCACCCUACUCUACAUCUUCUUUGUGUUGGUGUACUUUGGUGGGAGAAAAGCAGGGCAGGGUUGGAGUUGGGCCUGGGUCCUCAGCACCAGACUGGCCCGCCACAUCGGCUACUUGGAGCUUCUUCUCAAACUCAUGUUCGUCAAUCCCCCCGAGCUUCCAGAGCAGACCACCAAAGCCCUGCCUGUCAGGUUUCUGUUCACAGACUAUAACCGUCUGUCGAGUGUGGGAGGGGAGACGUCCAUGGCUGAAAUGAUAGCCACGCUGUCCGAUGCCUGUGAGAGAGAGUUCGGCUUCUUGGCCACCAGACUUUUUAGGGUCUUCAAGAAAGAUGAAACUCAAGGAAAGAAGUGGAAGAAGACAUGUUGCGUCCCCUCCUUUGUGCUCUUUGUGUUGACGUCGGGCUGUCUGAUCACUGGCUUGACCCUGCUGGCCAUCUUCAAGGCGGACGCAGAGAACCUGACGGUGAACGCGGUUCUGGUCUCCAUGGCCAGUGUGGUGGCUCUGGCCGUGCUGCUGAACUGUCGGACCUGGUGGCAGGUGGCAGACUCUGUGCUGCACUCUCAGAGGAGGAGGCUCCUUAACGCUGCCAACAGCAUGCACAAGCUCAAGAGUGAGGGAUUCAUGAAGGUUAUGAAGUGUGAAGUGGAGCUCAUGGCUAAAAUGGCUAAAACCAUCGAUGGCUUCACUCAGAAUCAGACCCGACUGGCUGUCAUCAUCGAUGGCCUGGAUUCCUGUGAACAGGACAAAGUGCUACAGAUGCUGGAUACGGUUCGGGUGCUCUUCUCUAAAGGCCCCUUCAUCUCAAUCUUUGCCAGUGACCCUCAUAUCAUCAUCAAGGCCAUAAACCAGAACCUCAACAGUGUGCUGCGUGACUCCAACAUCAACGGCCACGACUACAUGCGAAACAUCAUCCACCUGCCCGUGUUCCUCAACAGCCGUGGCCUCAGCACUACCAAGACACUUUGCAUUUCCAGCCCAGCCAAUGUGGAUCAACUGAACUCUGAUGCGUGGCAAGAGGACAUGGACAGGAAGGUGUCUCAGAACAGUCUCGGCGAGCAGGGCAGUAAAACAGCACUGAACCGCCGGGACACGUACCUCAGGAGACAGAUGCAGCGCUCCGUCACGCGCCAGAUGUCCUUCGACCUGACCAAGCUGCUGGUCACCGAAGACUGGUUCAGUGACAUCAGCCCUCAGACGAUGAGGAGACUGCUCAACAUAGUGUCAGUCACAGGUCGCCUACUUAGAGCCAAUCAGAUCAUUUUUAAUUGGGACCGACUAGCGUCCUGGAUCAACCUGACGGAGGAGUGGCCGUACCGCACAUCCUGGAUCAUUCUCUUCCUGGAGGAAACUGAUGGAGUCUCAGAUCAGGUCACACUGAAGACCAUCUAUGAGAGGAUUUCUAAAAACAUUCCCACCACUAAAGAUGUGGAGCCUCUGUUGGAGAUUGAUGGAGAUAUUCGUAGUUUCGAGGUGUUUCUUUCAUCGCACACCCCUGUUCUUACCGCUCAUGAUGUGGAGAUGUUCCUGCCUUGUACUGUCAACCUGGAUCCCAAACUAAGGGAGAUCAUUGCAGAUGUACGAGAUGCACGAGAGCAGAUGCACCUUGGAGGAGUCAGCUAUCCCACACUGCCCCUGCAAGAUGCUUCGGUACGGCCCCACUCGACAUUUGGGCAGCAGUCUUUGGCCUGUUCUCCCACAGGCUCUUUGGCUCCUGCUGGUGUGCUGCCGGCCGCUCAACCCCACAGCAGCUACUUUAGUGGGCUCACUGGACCCCAACACCCCUUCUACAACCGGCCUUACUUCCCUCAUCAUGUUUAUCACCUGCCCCGACAUUCCCCUGGAAACCCCCAUCACGCCCCCUCACGCCCUGCUACUAAACUCCAUAAGGACCCCAGUCCGGGACUAGGCUCUGGUUCUGUGGUUUCUAGUGGAUCUCAGGUCCUCCUCGGUUCUCUGAGCAUCGAUGGCGUAUGUGAGAAGCUGAAACGGAUCCAGGGCCUGGACUCCAGCAUGCUGCAGCAGUAUAUCAGCACAGUCAAAAAGGCCAACGUGAACGGCCGGGUUCUGUCUCAGUGCGACCUCGAUGAGCUCAAGAAGGAAAUGAACAUGAACUUUGGAGACUGGCAUCUCUUCAGGUCCAUGGUUCUAGAGCAGCGUCAUGUGGAGAACCAGCUGCUGCAUGAUGAAUCGAGAGCGUGCAGCGAGCAGGGCAGCAGUGUGUUGACUCAACUCGAACCCAGCCGACCCUCUGAAGCGCCACAAGAUGUGCCCAUCAACCCAGAAAACUUCACGUACAGCCUCAGCCUAAGCUUCGACGAGCUCAGCGGUGUGGGGCUGGAGGAGCCCGCCAGGCAACACAAUGCCCACUGGCUGGCCAACACUCACCGGACGGCAAGCAUAUCCAGCCUGAACUCUCAGGAAUCAUCUAACGACAUCUGCAAGCUGACCGACAAGCAGCAAGCGGAGUAUCGCAGUGCUUACCUGGAGUACAUCUCCCACAUGUCCCAGCUCGAGGUGUCUGCUGCUGGACGAGAGAGUCCCGCUCAAGUCCUGUCGGGCCGGUUCUUCCCAGCCAGCUCUGAGGAGAAGACUAAGGAAGGUGAGCAAGACGGGCGCAAACCCUUCGCCAAAAAGAGCUCCAAAACCCCAGACACUAUAGAGGACUUCUCCUCUGUCCCAGACGGUGGUCUUCUAGAUCCAAUUACAGAGGAGGAUGAGAAGUCAGAGCAUGGGUCCGCCACUAAAAUCCCACCCAGAUGCAAGACCAAAGGACAGGGACCGUCUUACCACAGCAUACCGAGCGAUGAAGAAGAUUCAGGCGAUGAGGAGACAGACGCCACUCCGCUGCUGAGAGAGGAACCUUGGGCUGCUGAACCAGGCGUCUUAGCUAAAGGGAAGAGCUUAAUCUCAGACAUCGCACUGGACAAGAAAUCAUCUGAUUCUGGAGUGAGGUCCAGCAGGAGCUCAUCAGACCGCUCGCUGCAAGACGAGGAGAGCGAAUCGGCGCAGAAGGAGGAGAAGAAAGAAGAAGAGGCCCAUCUGAUCGAGCUGGUUCUUGAGAGCCCGGUUAAGAAGCGAGUCUUACCACACAGGCUGAGUAACCUUCAGGAUGAGGCAGUGGCCCGGAUGUCCAUCUGUUCUGAUGCUUUAUCUGAUAGCAGUAGCCCUGAGGACAGCUGGCCCACGUCAGCUGUGAGCAACCUCAACUGCUCACCUGAAAAUACUGCGCUAAACAACAACAACAUCAACAACAGCGCCCGGCAGGAGACGCCCGACCCAACCGACUGCCCCUCUAUCAUUAUACGGCCAGGAUCUAGCACCGAAACCACCACGCUGCCCAACCAAAACCUGCGUGGAGCCUACCAGAAGAGGGCCACCGGUCCCGCCACCGACGCUGCUGAGGAACGAGAGAGUGUCCUCUGAGCCUAACACGGUUUCUUUAACUGAAGAAAGGUAAAUUACUGUAAAAGUCUAACGACUGCAAAGCUUCAGAGAAACUCUUCAUUCAGGCAUCUGUGUUGUUAGUUAACACGAAUUAAAAAUGACCCAGCACAGCAAAAUCUGUUUCUUAACCAGUAUUUCUGAAUAGUUUUGCAUAAAAGAUAUUUAAGGGUCCAUAAAACAAGAAAUUUAAUUAGUUAUAUAAAAUCAUUUAAGCAUAACAUUUCUGAAGCCUAUUAUAUAAAACCAAAAAUUUAUGGUUUAGACUUAAAAGUAACUUUUUUAAGAAUUGAAGUGCAAUUCAUUAACAUAACAAAAAUCAUUAGGAAACACGAUGACAAAAACUUUUACAGCUUUAUUAGUUUAGGUUAAUGUUCAUUUUUGCAUAUACAUUUUUAAGGUUUCAAGUUGCAUGAAUUAACAUUAACAUAUUAUAAAUGAACAUGGAUUACAACAAUUAUCCAUAGUAUAUUCAGAGAUUAUUAUAUAAUAUUAACCUAUAUUUUAAAAAAUUGUCAUUGUGUUAGAUCAUUACUGAUUAAUGUUAACGAAUUGAAGCCUAUUGUAGUGUUACCGAGAGAGAGAAAAAAGAUCCACUGAAAACAAGUCUUAUUAUUUUACACAACCUUGUUCUAUCAAUGUAAGUGUCUUAUUUUAAGGACAUUUAGAUAUUUUUAACUGGAAAACAAAACCAAAAUACUGUGUAAAAGUGUGAGAAAUUUAAUUGUUUCUGUUUUUGGAGUGGGUGCUAAAAAGCGAUAAAUGGAAGCUGUGAAGCCGUUCGUAGUUUCUGAUUUGUUUAGUGCAAAUCCUGUUAUUUCAUGCUCUGUUGCUAACAUUAAAGAUCCAGCGUAGGCUGGUCCACAAUAUUCAAAUCCAUCAAGUAGAGUGGGGAUUUAACCACAGAGAGUUGGUGCUGAUGUUUUUGCUGUGAUCGGUGAUGUGAAAGCUGUUAUUUAUUAGUGAUUGAAUGCCCUGUUCACAUUCAGGUCAUCCUUGUAGUUUGUGUUCUGCCUUGUAGUGUUUUAGAUGAGUGAAUCGAAUUGUGAUCAGUGUUACGAAAAGAGAAAAACAAGAAAUUAUAGAGGUUUCUGUAAGGUUUGAAUUGUGUGUAUGAGUAUCCUCAAUGUUUUCUCACACCAAUAAACCUCAUUCUUUUCCAA